ACUCUCAAUACUGUAGUCUUAUAUUGUCAUCAAUUCCUUCACUUAAAGUAUACAUUAUUUGUGGAGAAAGUCUUUCAAAGGGUUUUGUGUAAAAUGUCUGUCGUUUUGUUUGUGUCAAAGAGUUAUCACUUGUUUUGAUCCAAUUGUUAAUCAAUGAGAUGUCAACAAUUAACUCAUUGUUUAGUAUAACGUCACCCAUAGUCAAGAAAUUAUUAGGUUGGAAACAGGGCGACGAAGAGGCGAAAUGGGCUGAAAAAGCCGUAUAUUCGUUGGUCAAGAAAUUAAAGAAACAAAAAGGAGCCGUUGAAGAGUUAGAGCGGGCACUGUCACAACCGGGUCAGCCCAGUAAGUGUGUUACUAUUCCUCGAUCACUGGAUGGUAGGCUACAGGUGUCACAGCGUAAAGGGUUACCUCACGUGAUAUAUUGCCGCUUAUGGCGAUGGCCUGACUUGUCGAGUCAUCACGAGCUCAAAGCAAUUGACACGUGUCAGUACGCGUUCAGUCUUAAGAGAGACGAAGUGUGUGUCAACCCAUACCACUAUCAAAGGAUAGAAACGCCAACACUUCCACCAAUACUUGUGCCUCGAAAUAGCGGUCAGGAUAUGAGUACCGAUUUGCCACUUCUUGACGAUUACUCCAACUCUGUUCCUGAAAAUACUGACUUUCCAACUGCUCUUCAAAAUCAGACUUUCCCACUAACAGAGACCCCACCGCCCGGGUAUAUGAGCGAAGACGGUGACAAUCAGGAUCUCAAUGGCACUGACACUAUGGACACAUCAAUUAUACCCUCACCAUCGCCACCAUUGGAUGUUCAACCGGUGACAUAUACAGAACCGGCAUUUUGGUGCUCAAUAUCAUAUUAUGAAUUAAAUACACGCGUCGGUGAAAUAUUUCACGCCUCCCAACCCUCACUCACUGUCGAUGGAUUUACUGAUCCCUCGAGUUCUGAACGUUUUUGUUUGGGUUUACUCUCUAAUGUCAACAGAAACGCAAUCGUUGAACAAACGCGAAGACAUAUCGGUCGAGGAGUUAGACUUUAUUACAUUGGAGGUGAAGUGUUUGCUGAAUGUUUAAGUGAUAGCAGUAUUUUUGUUCAGAGCCCUAAUUGUAACCAAAGAUAUGGAUGGCAUCCGGCAACGGUCUGCAAAAUACCUCCAGGCUGCAAUCUUAAAAUAUUUAACAAUCAAGAGUUUGCUGCACUGUUGGCACAAUCGGUGAGUCAGGGCUUCGAAGCGGUCUAUCAAUUGACCCGAAUGUGUACAAUAAGAAUGAGCUUUGUUAAGGGUUGGGGAGCCGAAUAUAGGCGCCAAACGGUUACAUCCACUCCCUGUUGGAUUGAACUACAUUUAAACGGUCCGUUACAAUGGUUGGACCGCGUGCUCACCCAAAUGGGUUCACCACGUAUUCCGUGCAGUUCAAUGUCAUAAUAAUCAGAUCUAUUUUUAUGCUUAAUUUUCAGCAGCUUUUAACCACUUAUACUGUUUAAUGAUGAAAUUAUUGAUAAUUUAAAUUUAAUUUACAUGUUGACGAUUUAUUUAUAAUUAUGAUUAUUGUUUUGAUUUUAAUCAUAUUUACAUGAAUUUACCCAAAAUUGUUGCUAUAACUCUUAUAUUAUUACUUUAAUAUUGAUUGCAUUUGAUACAUACCGGCACUUAUUGUUGAUAUUUUUUAUAAUAUGAGUUUAUUAUCUUAUAUAAUGCACGU